AUGUUUCGCCAAAGAACCAGCUCCCAAAAGCCGGGAGAUGAGUUGUUGGCCAACUUUCGACAACAGUUUCCAGAGGUGGCCACGGCUGCAUCCUCAACAUCACCAGCAGGACCGGCCAGAACAGUGACUGCUGAUCAACCUGGCAUGCCCGUGACUGGCCAGGAGCGGAGCCACAGCCUCAGCCAGGAGGCUUUCCGUGACCAAGAUCCUACCCCUCGUGCCUCGGGGAACGAUCCAUGGAGAUUCACACCGUCACUGCUGGACCCCAACUCCUUUUCUUUCGCCAGCUUCGCCAACCAGCCCCCAGGUUACUACACUCCAACUCCAGGAGGCACCAACACCCUUUAUCAUCCGCAGGCUGGUGAUUUGCAUACUCCUACGCUCGGCCUGGGCAUGGGACUCGGCACACCUCUGUCCAUGCCCACGUCUGAGGGCGCGAUCCACCCCGGCUCGACCAUGAUGGACUUGGCAGGCUUUCAGCAAGGCCUGCAUCAGCAACACUUUCACCCGUUCAAUCCGUUCAUCCAGCCACCGCCGCCUCAGCAAUCGUUCGCGCCGUCGACCUUUGUUCACCAGGACACUGGGUAUGAGACCAUGGACCAAGACGGGUCGCCGAUGGACUCCGAUCCUGCAGACGAACGCAUGGGCUCUAUCGACAGUGCUUUCCACAACCAGUCUUCCAUGGUUGGUUUCCAGCCGAGGCAGUUUGGUAUGGUUAUGGAUGCUGGGCUGCCGCCUUCGGCCGAGAAGUUCCGCUUCCACUCGACUCUGAACGCGCCGACCGCUAUGAUCAAACACGCCGACGAGAUCCCAGUCACCUAUUUGAAUAAGGGGCAGGCGUACUCGCUCUCCAUCAUCGACACAGCCUCGACUCUGCCCAUCAUUCCGGGCACGCGCUAUCGCACCUACGUAAGGGUCUCAUUUGAAGACGAGCAGCAGCGCCAGAAGCCGGGGGUAUGUUGGAGCUUGUGGAAGGAGGGGCGCGGUACGAACGAGGCGCACCAGAGAGGUGGGAAGCUCCAGGCUGUCGAGUAUGUGGAGGCCGGGCAGCCGGCCGAGGGGGACGACAAGAGAACGCGCAUCGAACUCGAAUCGUCCUCAUUCGACGGCUUCUCGGUCUUGUGGACCCCUGGGAUCCACGGAGCAGGCGAAUGCAGUAUCGCGGUCCGGUUCAACUUCCUCUCCACCGACUUCAGCCACUCCAAGGGAGUCAAAGGCAUCCCGGUUCGCCUCUGCGCCAAGACCACGGCCAUGUCCACGGACCCGGCCUCUACGAGCCCAGACUCGUCGACUGCCGAGAUUUGUUACUGCAAGGUCAAAUUGUUCAGAGACCACGGUGCCGAGCGAAAGCUGUCCAACGACAUUGCGCACGUCAAGAAGACGAUCGACAAGCUGAAGCAACAGAUCGCGCAAGCCGAGAGCGGUAUGAAGGACUUUGGCAAACGCAAGCGACCCAGCGGAUCACACGCCAAGGGCCACGAUGCGCAAAGAGUUGGCAAAGCUCAAAAGCACAAACGGACAUGGUCAAUGUCGUCCACAAGUUCGGCCGGAGGCGGUCGGCCCCCCAUCGAAGAAGAUCUCCACUUUAAGCUCCAGACGCUCCAGGACAUGUUUACCAGCACGAGGCCCGUGAGCGUCCUUUACCUCAAGGGGGAAGACAUGGACGAUCCUGAUCUGCACCCAGUGUCACUUCCCGGCGAGUCAACAGACAUUGCCAAGGUCGAGUCUCGGGAGGGUAGUAGCGCAUGGCAAGCACGGAGCGGGCGGAGUUCGAUUGCCGGCUCCUCGCUAGUAUCACCCUCGCCAAGCUCCUUGUCGCUACACUCACAGGUAUCGGCCACAGGACCCAACGCGCAGUGGCAGGAGUUCCACGACGAUUCAUCCGCGACAAGACAGGGUUCCGACCAACCCACCAAGGUGAACAAGAUGGAUGAUGCAGGCACUCUGAGCGGCUGGAUCGAGGCGCUCGGCGUCGACCAUUCGUAUCGGCCUCCGGCCGAGCGUGCGGCGAAGCCUGUCGCUUGCUUUUACAUCCUCCGUCGCGGCACGGCCGACCCGGAGCCCCGCGGAUUCCAUCGCGCCGUCUAUCUGAUGCAGAGAAACCUCCGGGAGUUCGUGACACGGGUAGCGGCCAAGUGGAACCUCGACCCGUCCAAGGCUGUGCGGACCGUGCAUGUGUUGCAGCGGGGACUCGAAGUCGAAAUGGAUGACGACGUGAUCGCAGAGCUUGCCGAAGGUCAGGAUAUGGUCCUCGAGGUCAACGAGGUCGGGAGCUCCUCGCAGGCCAAGAGAGAGUGGGAGAUGUCAUUAGACGUCCCUGGGGACGGAUCAUCUGCGCGCACGGCAACUCAGGGCGGCUACGAGCUGCGCCUGACCUUCUGA